GGCGGAGAGUGCAAAUCUUGUUUGGUCUGGGUCUGUGAACUUCAGCGUGACUUCAACGACACACACAGGGGUUAAAAACAACUCUUUCCAAACUUUCAACUGCACUAAUGCGGAGAAAUAUACCGUGAGCCUCAUGUGUUUGGCUCAUGUUUGUUAUGAGUAAUGCCACAUUAGUUUAAUUAACCUAACAGGAGAGGUAUAAUGUACAUUUGCUUUUAUUUGAUAUGUUUUUAUUGGAUGGGAAAUUGGCCACGUGGAAAGUCCCAGUAACUGAGUAUUUGAUUUUUUUUAUUUAAUUGAAAGAUUUCAUAGAAAACUGUGCCUCCACUCAGAGACUGUUAAAAAAAAAAACAGAUUUUACUUCUAAUUCCCCCCUAAAGGCAGAGGCAUAAGAAACAGGACGCGUCGCUGCGGCCGGUCACGAUCAGCGCAGGUUGCAUGAUGAUGACCGCGGCUCAGAGCUGCUCAGCUCGUCAGGUAUUAACACUGCGAGUGUGAUUAAAUGUGGGAGGUUGGAUCUGUGAGGCUGGCGGAGAGCGCUGUCGCCGCUGCGAGCUGGAAACUACUGAAUGGGAAUCUAUCCGGCAACUUCGACACACCGCUGUCUCACGGCGACGCGGCGGCUCUGCGUAAAACCAAGCGGCGCGUCUCCAAGUCUGGCUCAGCCCAACUCGCAGGCGGAGAGGACGCUCAAGUUGGAUACGCCGAGCAGCUUCUCACUUGUUCUCGGCGCGCCUCGGCUCCCACUAACAUGCCUGCCAUCAAGAAGGAGCGGCUGGAUGGAGACGACAUGGCACUGACCGCCUUUAACCAGUCCGAAUACCUGGCCCCUUUAAAUGCCACCGCCAUCCCCGUGGUGACCCCGCAUCCGCCGCCCUACGACCACAUUUUCGCCCAUCACCGCGCGUACUUGGGGCUCCACGACUCGGCGCUGCAUCACCAGCAUCUCCACCAUCACACGGACGACUUAAUGCUGGAGAGGUUCUCCUCCAUCCCCGACUUCCAGCCCUUCUUCGACAACGGGGAGCCGUGCAUCGAGGUGGAGUGCGGCGAAAACAAGGCUUUGCUUUAUAUCAAUAAACUGUGCCAAGGCAGCAAAGGACCUUCAAUUAAAUACAGGGGCGAGUGGCUCACCCCCAAUGAGUUCCAGUUUGUCAGUGGACGGGAGACUGCCAAAGACUGGAAACGGAGUAUUAGACACAAAGGGAAAAGUCUCAAGACGCUCAUGUCAAAAGGAAUCUUACAGGUGCACCCUCCGAUCUGCGAUUGUCCUGGUUGUCGAAUUUCAUCUCCAGUGAACCGUGGGCGCUUGGCUGAGAAACGUACCAUCCCCCUUCCCCCCAACCGGGUGCCCAAGAAGGAGCUGGCCUCCAUCUUCAGCAGUGACGACAGUGAAGGCAGCGAGCGGGCCAGCGGGGAUCAUGCCCACAUCAAGCAAGAGGACGAGUUGCAUUACAGUAUUAUGAGAAAGAGUCGUGACAGUGACCUCUCUACAAUCAUUUCCAACCUACACCACACCAGACAGCACGGCAUGCCCGAGGACCAGUCAGCCUCUGACCACAACACCAGUCCUGGAAACACAGCUUCCUGCAUUUUCAAAGCAGCCGCCAUGUACGCAGAUGCCCUUCUAGGCAAGAGGAGAAGCUUCUCUCCCAACAGCAGCAGCGAGUGUCCCUCUGACAGCAAGAAGUCACGUAGCGUAUCUCCCAAAGAAAACUCCCGGAGUCCGGUAGUGGAGGCGGGCGGCAGCCACGGCCACAUGAGCCCUGAGGAGCACUACAGACGUAUGAUGUCAGCGCUCAGCGAACAAGGGUCCUACGAGGAGCAGCAGCAACGCCUCUACCAGCUGGCGAGCAGCAUGGGUCUGCCUGGCCACGACAUCCUGCGUGCUCGUCAGGAGGCGAUGGCUGCAGCGGUGAGGAAUCCAGUGGCCUUAGAAGCUCACCUGCCCUCGGCGGGCAGCUCCUCCUCAUCCAGCCAGAGACGCAAGCAGGGUCUGCCGCAGCACCGGGACGCACAUUACACCGACAGAGAUCUGUCCCACCCGCCGCCCCUACUGUCGCCUCCGACGGCCCCUCACAUCGCCUUAGGACCUCACCUGCGGCCUCCGUUCCUGGGCAUGCCUUCUGCUCUUUGCCAGGCCCCUGGGUAUGGUUUCCUCCAACCAGCUCAAGCUGAAAUCUUUGCUCGGCAACAGGAGAUGUUGAGGAAGCAGAAUCUGGCCAGACUUGAGAUGUCAGCAGAGCUGCUAAGACAGAAAGAGUUUGAAAGUCUUCACCAGCGACAGCAGCAGCAGCAGCGUCUUAUGGGCUCCGACUCGCUGGGAGCUCUACCUCAUGGCCUGCCCCUUGACCAUCCUGCCCUGCGGAGCCUCCACGACAUCCCAGAGGGCCACCCUCUCCGUGAGGAACUGGCCCGCCGUUCAAACGCAAUGCUGGUGCUUCACCACAGGGCUGCCACGCCCCUUCUAGCACUCAGCCACCACCAGCAUCCACCAGGGGUGUCCUCCACACCCAAAGACACCCAGGCACAGAGCUCCGCCACUGGGCCAGAUGCUGACUCCAGGAAGGUCCUACGCCGUGGCCCCCAGAUACAGUUCCGUUCUGGGGACCACACAGGUGGAAGAGAGGACAGAGGAAGGGAGAGAGACAGGGAGGUGCAGGAUGAGGAGAUGAAGGACUCAGACAGCGAGACAGAGAUGUACACGGAGAGGCAGGAGAGCGUCGCUGCCAAGUCCACGAGUAAACCCAGGGACAGAGAGAGGGAUGGGGGUAAAGACACUGGCAGCAGGGGGGCAUGUGACAGUGCCAAGGAGCCUAGAGAGAGCUCAGGCAGGCUGAGCGCCCCCUGUAGUUCAGCAGGUACAGAGUCACCCAAUCGUCACCUCUUCACCCCUGGACUGGGCAAGGCUGACGUCAAGUACCACCUGCCACCUGGGUUCAUGCCACCGCUGCCUGCUCUUCACGGCCAGUCGUUCCCCUUUGGGUUCCCCUACGCCAACCCUUACUUUCACACGGGCUCCGUGGGAGGUCUUUUCAUGGAUGGGGAGGACUCGGCCACGGCAAACCCUGCGGAGGACAUCAGCAAGUGGAGUGUGGAGGACGUGUGCGGCUUCAUAAGCAGCCUGGCCGGAUGUGCUGAAUACACACAGGUGUUUCGGGAGCAGGCCAUUGAUGGAGAGACAUUACCGCUGCUCACUGAGGAGCACCUGCUCAGCACCAUGGGACUAAAGCUGGGGCCUGCGCUCAAGAUCCGCUCACAGGUGGCGCGUCGUGUCGGCAGGCUUUUCUACAUGACUGGAUUCCCCCUGGCGUUCCCUUUCCCGCCUUCUGCCGCCCUGCGCCCCACAGACCGGGAUCGGGACACCACCCUGCCCCACCCCCUGACCCUGUCCCACAGACCCACCUCCACCAGCAGCAGCUCCUCUCCCUACAGCGGUCCCAUUCCAGCGUGCUCCUCCCCCAAGCAGGAAAACGGUAACGGCUCCACGGUGGCGGGAAGAUACGAGGCCAAAACACCUUCGUAGGUGCUAAGAUGCAGGGGUGAGGAGGGCGAACUCAACCACAGAGAUUGACUGCUAGGUUCUCUUUACUAGACUCCCCCCACCUUGGGAGCUUGAUGCUGAAUUUUAUGGGAAAACUUGGACUGGAAUAAGAGGACAACUGGACAAUAUGAACCACAGCCGGCGAACCAAUCAGUCUGAGUUUGUCUGCAGCGGCUGUAGUCGAGCAGAAUCCAAAGAAACUGGGUUGGAUGGGAGACACGUGAGGCGACAGAGGAACAGAGGAAGAGAAAAAGGAGGAAAAGGAGACAGCUGGUCACAGACAGCCUGCCAAAAAAAGGAGCGAAGCCCUGCCACAAAUGCGACAUUCUUGCAAGUCAGACAGUCAGACGCUAGCGGAAACUCUUCCUUCCUUCCUGGGCUGGAGGAAGCUCUGCUAACUCACUUUCUUUCUCUGGUCUGUAUCUCUGCUCUCACCACAAGCCCUGCAGAACCCAGGAAUUAAAAGGAGACGCCUCUCUUCUCUUUUCUCUCCCUCGCUUCCGGAAGCCAAACAGCAGCGUGGAGCCGUCUCUUUAGAGGCUGGAGUCGAAGCAUAUAUGCUGAGCAGCGACAGAUCUGACCAGCUCCCUCUUUAUCACUGCAACUAUGCAUUCCACUGUCCCAAUACCAAAGAUGACCGGAUGUGUGGAAUUGGAACCAUGUUUCACAGUGUGUCUGCUUCUUCUUUUUUUUUGCAUUAAUAGUCUCAGAGAAAAGACUGGUCCAACAGGGGAAUGCUAGGCUUGUGCCUCACAUGAUGGACUCUAGGUGGAGCUGUCAUUUCCUGACAUACAAAGACUUAAAAUACUGUAUGUUGGAGAAAUGGAAAAGUGUGUACGGCUUAUGUCAUUGUGCGCUUGUGUUGACUACUGUGGGAGGUAGGAAAAACAUGCAAAAUUGUACAGAAUCAUGCUUAAGAUGAAAAUAUCCUGAAGGUUACAUACGUGGUACUUUUACUUUUUGUUAAAUGUAGUUGCACGAAUAAGGUUUUCUUUACUGAAAAAUGUGACUUGCUGAACUUUGGUGGUACUUAUGUUCAUACUUUUGUUCUGCCAUUUUUUUUAAGUGUAAUAUUAAAAGACGCUCCAAUCUUGAAUGCUACUUCAGCAUAUAAAUGAGGAAAAAAUAUUUAUAGGACUUUUGAUGUAGUAGAUAAAGCAGAUUAUGAUAUGUAUUAUAAUUAGCCCUUCAGAUGGAUUCCAAAGAUACUUUUACUUGGUUCUCUCUUGGUUGCAGGGAAAAGAAAGGCACAAAAAGCUCUUAAUGCAAAUGUUUUGAUUUUGUUAUGGAUUUUUUUUUUUUUAAACCAACACAAGCAAUGAAUUAAAAAUGGUCUCUAGAUUUCCCUUCAAAUGUUUUGUCUUCAUCCUAUUUUUCUAUUCACCACACGGGUGAAAUAAAUCCUAAAGAAAUUC